AUGGGAGGCGAUUAUCUUCAUCCCCUCCCGCCGGAAAAUGCUUCGGUUUCUGUCACCGUCGAAGAUACUAAGCUUUCCGAUGCUCCGGUUCUGUUGUUCGUUUACUUCCACAAGGCUUUCCGUGCCCAGCUUGUCGAGCUCCGGGGUUUCGCUACUGAAGCCGCCGCAGACUGUGGCUUUACCAGGGAUCUGGCGACGGAGCUAUACCGGAAGUUUGAGUUUUUGAAGCUUGUUUAUAAGUAUCAUUGCGCAGCUGAAGAUGAGGUUAUCUUUGCGGCACUCGAUGCACGUGUCAAGAACAUUGUUUCUAAUUAUUCGCUUGAGCAUGCUGGUACAGAUGAUCUCUUCACCUCAAUUUUCCAUUGGCUUCAUGUUCUUGAAGAGGAAAUAGGAAGCAUAAGUGAUGUUCUUCGUGAAGUAAUAUUAUGCAUAGGCACCAUUCAGUCAUCUAUAUGCCAGCAUAUGCUUAAAGAAGAGCGGCAGGUCUUUCCUUUGUUAGUUGAGAAGUUCUCUUUCCAAGAACAGGCAUCACUUGUGCGGCAAUUUAUUUGUAGUGUUCCAGUGAUGGUGCUAGAAGACUUUUUGCCAUGGAUGAUGUCUUAUCUCUCUGACGAAGAGAAAACGGAAGUUGAGAAUUGCAUGAAAAAUGUUGUCCCAACUGAAGACUCAUUGCAACAGGUCAUAAGCUCUUGGCUGCUUUACGAUAGUCAGUCUUCUUUCGGGGCUCCUACAAAGAUCAUGAAAGAAGUCCAGUAUGUCGAUGUGUUGAAAAAUAUGAAGAAUGCCUCUCAGACACAUCCAUCCAGCGGAUGUUUUCAACGCUUUUGGCAGUGGAGUAAAAAGUCUCUUUCUAUUCUAGAUGUAGGACACAACCCGAUUCAUGGUCUCGAGCUUUUUCAGCAUGCAAUUGAAAAAGAUUUGAGAGACAUUCAGGAAGGAUUAUGCCAAGCAAAUUUCCCAAGCCUAAUUUCGGACCUUGAUGUACCGAUGGCUCGAUUAAACUUCCUUGCAGAUGUCCUUGUUUCUUAUAGCAAUGCAUUUAAGAAGAUCUUUCACCGGGUGUUAGAAGAAAUGACAGAUCGCCGCUCUUCAACUGCCAAACAAUUCACCAUAGAUGGCUGUCUCGAGAAUUUUCAGAGAUUGCUAUACAAAAGUGCUGAUGAUAAAAUCAGGACGGACAAUUUUCUAUUGAAGCUUCAGGAGGAACUUGAGGCCCUUAUAGUCCAAGUAACAAAGCACUUCUCCGUACAGAGAACAGAGGUAUUCCCAAUCAUUAGCAAGAAUUGCAACCAUGAAAUGCAGAGGCAGCUCCUAUACACAAGCAUUCAUGUCUUACCUCUUGGAUUGUUAAAGUGUGUCAUACUCUGGUUUUCUGCUCAUCUGUCAGAAGGGGAAUCUCAAUCCAUUCUUUAUUUCUUAAGUUUGGAAGAUUCUUCUCCCAAAAAAUCAUUUGCACAACUCUUGUUGCAGUGGCUUCGCUUUGGCUACUCAGGCAAAACCUCUGUUGAAAGUUUUUGGAAACAGCUGUCCGUAAUGUACAAAGUAAGAUGCUCCUGUCGAAAAGAGCACACUGAAGAAGCAUCUGGAUCCAUUUCCCACCAAGCACAGCUGCAACCAUGCAAAGGAUCUAGAGUUGAUUUGCAUGUAUGUGUUGGGAAAAAGAACAAGUCUUCAACCUGCUUCCUGAUAAUGCGGGCUGCUGGAAACAUGUAUGACGAGACACCUUACUCUAGCCGGAUGAAUCAGCAAAUGCUUUUCUCGGGGAAGCUUAGGCCUCCUCUCCACCUUCCAGAAUUUUUUGGUGAGAAGAAUAUGGAUGAUCCAUUCAUUAUGGACGACGUAAAACCAAUUGAUCUCCUUUUCUUCUUCCAUAAGGCAAUGAAGAUGGAUCUGGACUACCUUGUUUGUGGAUCAGCUAGAUUGGCAGCCGACUUCCGUUUCCUUGGGGAGUUUCAACAGCGAUUCCAUAUGAUAAAUUUCCUGUAUCAGAUACAUUCUGAUGCAGAGGAUGAGAUUGCAUUUCCAGCUCUGGAGGCAAAGGGAAAACUGAAAAACAUUAGUCAGUCAUUUAGUAUUGAUCAUGAGCUAGAAAUUAAACACUUCGAUAAGGUAUCAUUCAUUUUGAAUGAGAUGUCAGAACUGAACAUGUUGGUUUCUACGAUUAAUUCCAGUGCAGCAGACCACCGAAAGAUGAAGUAUGAGCGGUUAUGCCUGAGUCUUCAAGAGAUAUGCAAAUCCAUGCACAAGCUAUUGUCGGAGCAUUUCCAACAUGAAGAAACUGAGCUCUGGGGUCUAUUCAGGAACUACUUCACUAUUGAAGAACAGGAGAAAAUCAUAGGAUGCAUGCUUGGGAGAAUAAGUGGGGAAAUAUUGCAGGAUAUGAUUCCCUGGUUAAUGGAUUCUUUGACCUCUGAUGAACAGCAUGCCGUGAUGUCCUUGUGGCGCCAAGCAACAAGGAAAACUAUGUUUGUCGAAUGGUUAACAGAAUGGUACAACGGUCAUUUUAUACAAGAGGAAGCAAAAGAAGCAAACAACGAUCCAUUUGGGGAUUCAGAUCCACUGGAGGUUGUCUGGAAGUAUCUCUUUGAAGCAUCUUCUGAUGGGGAUAGAGUGAGCAUUGGAAGCAAAGUUGUCGAACAUUCAGAGACAGACUUCACAGGCACCAUGGAUAAGUCAGUUGGAAAGACUGCUCCUAAUAACAAAGUCGAAGUUGGCUACAAAGGGGGCGAACAUGGGRAACUUUCAGAAAGUAAAAAGAUAUGUAGAGGAGCUGAAAAAAAUGAGGACAAGGAACAAAUUGACAGCAAUUGCCAGAUUCAAAAUCCUACUCAAACUUUUUCAAUGUCUCAGGCUAGCCAGUUCGGUCAAUCCAGGAAAUAUGAACAGCUGUUAACAAUGAGUCAAGAAGAACUAGUAGCUAUGAUUAGAAAAAUAUCAUGUGACUCUUCCUUGGAUCCUCAGAAGAAAUCAUAUAUCCGGCAGCAUUUGUUAAUGAGCCGUUGGAUUAUCUUGCAGCGGAUAUAUAAUCUUGAACCAUCAACUCUCUCAAGCAAUAUAGAAACAGUUCCUGGUCAGCAUCCAUCUUAUCGAGAUCCUCACAAUUUGAUCUUUGGUUGCAAUCACUACAAGAGGAAUUGCAAGCUUCUUGCUCCUUGUUGCGACCAGCUCUUCACGUGUAUACGAUGCCAUGAUGAAGAGGCUGAUCAUUCGGUGGAUAGAAAACAGGUCACAAAGAUGAUGUGCAUGAAAUGCCUCCUGAUUCAGCCAGUUGGUGCAAAUUGCUCAAAUACUUUGUGCAAGUUGUCAAUGGGGAAGUACUUCUGCAAAAUAUGCAAAUUAUAUGACGAUGAAAGGAAAAUUUAUCACUGCCCUUACUGCAAUCUCUGCCGGGUUGGGAAAGGAUUGGGCAUUGACUACUUCCAUUGCAUGAAAUGCAAUGCAUGUAUGGAUCGUUCCUUAGUGGAGCAUGUUUGUAGGGAAAAGUGCUUAGAAGAUAAUUGCCCGAUUUGUAAUGAGUACAUCUUCACCUCCACCUCCCCAGUGAAGGCUCUUCCCUGCGGUCACUUGAUGCACUCGACAUGCUUUCAAGAGUACACAUGUUCACAUUACACAUGCCCUGUCUGCAGCAAGUCGCUAGGAGAUAUGCAGGUCUACUUUAGGAUGUUAGACGCAUUGCUUGCAGAAGAGAAGAUGCCUGAUGAAUACUCCAACAAAACUCAGGUGAUACUGUGUAAUGACUGUGGAAGAAAAGGAAAUGCUCCUUACCAUUGGCUAUAUCACAAAUGCACAUCUUGUGGCUCCUACAAUUCCAGGCUACUUUAG